AUGAAUAAUUAUACCCUCCGCACCUACGCGCUGCAGAUGACCAUGGCCUUGGGCCAGGAGCAGCUAUCCGACGAUGAUGACGAAAAGGAAGACGGCGCCGUAGUCGUGCUGGACGUCAUCGAGGACACGGUUGAGUUGGUGGGUUGUGCCGGCUUUCUGGCUGCCGCUCUAGCCCAUCAUGUCGACCCGAAGAUCACGUAUGCCGGCCUAGCGGUCUGGGGCGUGUGCUUCGUGGUGGCACAGGGCUUGGGACUGCCCAAGAUUUCGCUCUGGGGCAAGAUGAUGUUGUCUGCAUCCGUCGUGUGA